AUGGGGCACGCCGAGAUAGGCUCUGUAAACGAUUCAAGUGACACUUUCCAAGGGACACCUUACUACACAAUAUACAAAUGGAACGUGUCCUCCGCCUUGAUGAACGCCCUCGAGCCCGACGCGAUGUCUUUAGGAAACCACGAAUUCGACGAUGGCGUCGAAGGUCUGGCGCCGUUUUUGGUAAAUGUCAAUUUCCCUGUCCUAGCCUGCAAUUUAGAUCUUUACGGUGAAGAUCUUCUCGAGAACGAAGAAAACCUAAAACCGUCUGUCAUUUUUGAAAGAAAUGGAUAUAAGAUAGGUGUGAUUGGUUAUGUGACGCCGGAAACAAGGUUUUUGGCAGCCCCUAGCGAUGUGAUUUUUCUGGACGAGAUACAAGCAGUAGACAAAGAAGCCAAACGUUUAAAAUCGAAAGGUGUGGAGAUUUUGAUAGCAUUAGGACAUUCUGGACACGAAAAAGAUUGCAUUAUAGCACGGGAGGUACCCGAUAUAGAUCUAGUUAUUGGUGGGCAUACCAACACUUUCUUGUGGAAUGGUCCUAAACCGCCACAAGGCGAAAAUCCUGAAGGUCCCUACCCAAAAAUUAUCGUACAAAAAUCUAAUAAAUUAGUACCAGUUGUCCAGGCUUACGCCUACACCAAAUACAUAGGAAAACUGAGGCUUCAAUUUAACAGAAACGGUGAACUAAUACGAUUCCAUGGUCAGCCCAUCAUGUUAACCAGUGCUGUUGAACAGGAAAAAGAUAUUUUGAGGAUAAUAGAUAAAUAUAAGCCAGGAGUUAAAGCGGCUACAUCCAGAGUUAUUGGAAUGACUCGUGUUUUUCUGGACGGAAUUACAUGCCGAAUCCAAGAAUGCAGUUUAGGAAAUCUGCUUACAGAUUCGAUGAUUUUAGAAUAUAUUGAACGUUUUGGAGACAACUCUAGUGCGAUGGCCUUGUUGAAUGGAGGUGCUAUACGAUCCAGUAUAAGUAAAGGUAAAGCAGGUUUCGUAACCAUGGAAGCUUUAAUGACUGUCCUACCUUUUGGCAAUGAUUUGAUCAUUGGUCAAUACACAGGAAAAAUUAUUAAGGAAGCCUUAGAACACUCCAUUCAUCGUUACAUCCCAUCGACCCCAUAUGGCGAAUUUCUGCAAAUGUCUGGACUUCGUGUCAGCUAUAACUUGAGCGCUAAUCCAGGAAACCGAGUAAACUCAGUACAAACAUUCUGCGAGAAAUGUCCCGAAGACUACCAAGACUUAGACCCAACAUCAACUUACAAUGUCGUUUUAAAUUUCUUCCUAUCCAGAGGUGGUGAUGGUUACGAUAUGUUGAGGGACAAGGCUUUGUCUAAAAAAAAUUUGGGAGUUGAUGACUUAAGAGCAGCCGAAAUGUACUUUAAGACCAGGUCCCCAGUCUGGCAUGGGCCAGAUGGAAGAAUUUCCUUUCUGCAUGAUUGGCGAAAAAGUUCGGCCACGUGGAAAAUGACAGAUUUUAAUAUUGUUCUGAUAGCUUAUGUAUGCAUAAUUGUACUGAUGUAA